CGUGCUCAAUAGAAUUCGACGAGCUGCGGACAUUCUGUUUCUAUGGUUUCACCCAGUGACCGCAUCACUUGGUGUUUUAACCUGGCAGUGCGAUUAAGUAAAAAAAAAAAACGAUACGUUUCUUUUAACGAACACGGACAGAUACUUAUUCUUCAGCAUCAGACACGUCUGAAGAAACGUCAACAAACAUGUUCUACACGUGUGGUCCCAACGAGGCUAUGGUGGUGUCAGGGUUCUGUCGUUCUCCUCCGCUGAUGAUAGCCGGAGGCCGAGUGUUCGUCGUCCCCUGCAUUCAGAAGAUACAGAGGAUUUCCCUGAAUACUCUGACUCUGAAUGUGAAGAGCGAUAAAGUCUACACCCGCCACGGAGUUCCCAUCUCCGUCACUGGGAUAGCGCAGAUGAAGAUCCAGGGUCAGAAUAAACAGAUGCUGGCUGCAGCCUGCCAGAUGUUCAUGGGGAAGUCGGAGCCUGAGAUCGCUCAGAUCGCUUUGGAGACGCUCGAGGGACACCAGCGAGCCAUCAUCGCCCACCUGACCGUCGAGGAGAUCUACAAGGACCGUAAGAAGUUCUCGGAGCAGGUUUUUCAGGUGGCUUCCUCCGACCUGCUCAACAUGGGCAUCAGCGUGGUCAGCUACACUCUCAAAGAUGUUCACGACGACCAGGAUUAUCUGCAUUCACUGGGAAAAGGCCGAACUGCUCAGGUCCAGAAAGACGCUCGUAUCGGUGAGGCCCAGAACAAGAGAGAUGCUGUGAUCAGGGAAGCCCACGCGAUGCAGGAGAAGAUUUCGGCUCAGUAUAAGAAUGAGAUCGACAUGGCGAAGGCCCAGAGGGACUACGAGCUGAAGAAGGCAGCCUAUGACAUUGAGGUCAACACGAAGAAGGCUGAGUCAGAGAUGGCCUAUCAGCUACAGGUAGCGAAGACGAAGCAGCGCAUCGAGGAGGAGAAGAUGCAGGUGCAGGUGGUGGAGCGGACGCAGCAGAUCACGCUGCAGGAGCAGGAGAUCACGCGCAGGGAGAAGGAGCUGGAGGCCAAGGUGAAGAAACCUGCCGAGGCCGAGCGCUACCGCCUGGAGAAACUGGCUGAGGCUCAACGUCUUAAGUUGAUCAUGGAGGCAGAGGCCGAAGCUGAGUCCAUCAGGGUGAAAGGUGAGGCCGAAGCCUUUGCGGUGGAGGCCAAGGGUCGCGCCGAGGCCGAGCAGAUGGUGAAGAAGGCCGAGGCCUUCCAGGAGUACAAGGACGGAGCCAUGGUGGACAUGCUGCUGGAGAAACUGCCUCUGAUGGCGGAGGAGAUCAGCAAACCCCUGUGCGAAGCCCAGAAGGUGACGAUGGUGUCCAGCGGAGGCGGAGAGGUGGGCGCCGCCAAGCUGUCGGGAGAGGUGCUGGACAUCAUGACCCGCGUCCCCGACGCCUUGGAGAAACUGACCGGAGUCAGCAUCUCUCAGGUGACUUCCCGUACAGGUUGAAGACGUCCAACCAAACCAGGGACCGGCUGGAUCGAUCUACUACUCCCCCCCCCUCCACCACCACCACCACCACCCGCCGUGUAGCUGUGUCCCCCUGUGACGUCGCUGUGGCGUCAAAAUGAUUUUCCUGGUCACUGGGUUGAAUGUCUGCAGUUAGUUAUCUGAUCUUAUAUUAACUAUAUUCUCUCUGUCUCUGCAUCCGUUCAUCGCACACGCCGUCCAUGUAACCUGUGACCGGAUUUAAUCCACUCAUCCAACCGAAAUGUUUAAAGUUCAUCGACUCAUGCGACAAACAUAACUGCAGCAGCUACUCGCUGCGUUUCCGUUCCCCCUAGAUAACGCAUUAGAGAACUGGUAAUGGAAACGUUUACAUUUAGGAGAAUCUCACACACACAAAAGUGCAAUGGAAACACUUUUGUGUUGCGUCACUAGAGAUGAAGCAGGGGGUCGAUGUGACCAGUUCAUUUAAAGUCCAUCGUCCUCAGAGAAUUUAAGAGAAUCAUGAGAUAUGAGAAUUAUGGGAACUAUUGCUUUUAAUUUGCGAGAAACUAUAAUGGAAACGCAGCUACUACUACUACUACUACUACUACUACUACUACUACUACUACUACUUCCUUUGGCUCGUGUUGUUUAAGUAAACGUCUGUGUGUCCUCCUUGUCCUCUUCGUCCUCGUCCUCCUCGUCCUCCUCGUUGUCUGGAUUCACCUCUAACUGCCUGUGUCCACUGCCUUGCUGCCAAACCUUAAGUGCAUCUUAGCAUGAAAGUGUAACACAAACAUGCAUCAGUUACCUUCAUUUACUAACGCAACUAACAGUUCAUACUGGUAGUAGACCAAAAAAAAAACAAAAACAAAGCUUAAACCUUAAAUCAGGUUUAUUUAUUUAUCGGAAUCUGUCAUUGUGUUCAGAUUUAUUGGGAGUAUAUAAUAUGUCUUGAAGGCGUCAGGUGCUUCACCAGACACUCUGAACUCAUACGGGACUUUUGUCGGAGACAGCGUGAUGGUUAUUACAAAUGUUACACCUCCUUCUAGCAGGUGGCAGGCGUCUUCUUCUAUUACAAACUAUUAUCACCUGAUCUUUAUCCUUAAAACAACAUAUAAAUCAUCGUGCUCUAAUUGUGGCCCCGAUCAGGACCUUGAACCUUUGUGUAAACCUGGUUCAGGUUUACUUGAGCUCCCGUCACUUCAAUGAGACAAAGUAGACGUACGCCUUCAGUAAAGUGGUGCUUUUUGUAGUUUUGUUAAUGUUCUCAGAGAGACGUGGUUUGUGAAACUAAAGGUUACGUGUAGCUUCAGCCUCUUAUUGUAGCGUAGUAUUUAAGACGUUAGUAAAAACUACUUGUACUUCAGGGAAGAAGAUGUAUUAAGUAUUUAAAGGUUUGAUCAGGAAUAAUAGAUCGUGGUGGGGAAAUAGGAUUAGUCCGUCUUCAUGUGUAUUUAACCUAUUUAUUGAGUUAUUUAUUUGUAAUUUCACAUGAAUAAAUUAAAAUCUCUAGCUAGCUCUGAAGUGUUGCUCCUAUAAAGCGUCCCAGCUCGCCUUACAUCAUAAACCCAUUCCACCGUAGCCCUCUACCUCACUAUGUUCUGGGACUGUUUUUUAAUUUAAUUUAUUGUUGUUAUUGUUAAGAUCUUUUUUAGUGUUGUUGUUGUUUCGUCGUUCAUCUUAUCAAACCAAAUCAAUCCUACAAUGAAAACGUGUUUUUUCUUCUUUGUGGAAUAAUCUGAGGUUUUAUUUUAUUUUAUUUAUUUUUGUUUGACUAAGCUGUAUAAUGUUUAUUUUCACCCUCAUGAAACCUUUGUUUUCUUUGUGUCUUCUCUGAUUACAGUACGACUACAUGUACCGUAAAAGCUGCCUGAGGUAUUAACGUUAAGACGAACACUACUGUUAUUAUGCAUGCAUCAAUACUUCUUAAACACACUUAAACUCACAAUGCGAUGUGCGUUAGCGUCACUCACCAAAGUAGCUGUAGAAAUAAAACAAUGUGAUCAGUGACACAGAUGUAUUAACACACUGUAUAUUUGAUAUUUUAUACUAUAUCAGUGCAGAAGUGUUUGCUUCCACUAACAGAUCGUACUAACACGAGCUCCAGUGUUACAUCAUAAACGUAUUAAAGCUUCGUCAGAGUUUCAUUCGGCGUCAUUUAAACUCCCGCUGUGCUUUUAAUGUGGGUUUUAAUUUUUGUCUGUGCACUAAAAGGAAAUGUGUGUGUGUGUGUUUUAGGGAAGUGUCGUACAAUCCUGUACACGGUGUACGUCUCAUUAAAUCACAGAAGAGAAACCA